UACGGUAAAAAAUAUCUUAAAAAAUAACUUAAUCUCUUUUCCGAAAAUUGAUGUUUUUUUUAUGUGUAUUCAUUGAAUAUUCUUCUCAGUGUUUUAAAGUUGUUCACUUUAAGGUUUAAAAGCGAACACGUCGCAACUCUCAGAUUUUCGAGGUGUCUAUUUCACUCAAUUUCGACAGUGACCUGCAUCUCUCUCACUUCUGGCUCAAUACUUUGGCAAUCCAUUGAAAUUUCCCCUAAAAAUGUGAUUAGCUCAGGUGAUGACAUUGAAAUUUGAUUUUAAAAUGAGACGAAACCGUGGCCGAAGCUUACACAAUAAUUUUUCAAAUGUGAAUACUAUUGAGUGUUUUUCGUUGCCUUAUUGAAUGGCGCGAAACACGCGGCUUCUUGUGUGAUGGGAGGGAGAUGAUAUGUGAAAGAGAAAGAUGGGUUAUGUGGGUUUUUUGGGUGGCAAAAAGAGUCGGAGGGAUUAUUACAGCUUUUGCGAAAGACAUCGACGAGCUGGAAAAAAAGGUGCUUGGGGGGCUUUUUUUUGUGUAUUUGUCCGUAUUUCUUGUGGCAAGUCCAAAUUACCUCUUCGAGCAUCAUUUUCACUUUCAUAUACCCUCAGUCAUACAAUUGCACUCGAUCAAUCAACUUUUCAGCUAUUCGCGAUCGAUUCUUCAUUUUAGAGAAGAAAGUUGACGUAAAAUUCGAAGGAUUAGGCGAUAUUUUAGCGGUGGGUGAGUUUAAAAAUAGAGGCCAACAGCAUGACAGUGAAGAAGAAAAGCACCGAAAUUGUCCUAAUUGUGGGCGGGAGUGGCUUCCUCGGAGAGCACCUCGUGAGGAUGCUCACGGAGGAGGAUAAUGUGGAGGAGAUCCGUGUGGUGGACCUAAAGGCAUAUGAAAAUAGACUGAAUCACAGUGCAUCGAAGAAAAUUACCACGUUCAUUGGAGACAUUUGCGAGGUGGAUAUGAAAUGGGAAAUGGCAUUUGAGGGUGUUGACUGUGUGUUUCAUUGUGCCGCCUACAUUAAUUUUCAAUAUCCUCCCAAUGUAACUGAAUUAGAACGUGUAAAUGUGGAUGGGACGAGAAAUAUCGUGAAUUUGUGCGUGAAACAUCGAGUUCCUAGGCUCAUCUUUACAAGUACAUCUUCUGUGACUCUUGUGCCUUACAUGGGGAGCACCAUUGCGGUGAUUUUGAAUCAAACAGAAGGAAAAGCGAGAGUUCCAGAUGAUGAAAGUGAAUUCCUCAUUCCGGGCUAUACUGCGUCAAAACUCAGAGCUGAGAAAAUUGUUUUAGAAGCUAAUGGAACACCCCUAAGGGAUUCAAAUGAAAUACUUCGAACAGUAGCUCUUCGGCCAACAGUAAUGUAUGGUGAAUGUGAUGAGCGUUUUUUCCCACUUCUGAUGAAGAUUGGUGCGCGUUUUGGACGACAGAUUCCGCGAAUUGCAGGUUCUGGGGGAAAACAGCAACUGACUUACGUUGGGAACGCUGCUUGGGCUCAUAUUUGUGCUAAAAGAUCUCUAGGAGAUGCCUUUGCACGUCAGAAAAUUUCAGGAUUGCCAAUUUUUGUCACAGAUGAUACGCCUAUCGAGGACACUGUUCGGUUUUGCCAGAGAGUAUCCAAGUCACUGCCUAAGGAGGCAAAAUUGAGACCUAGUUGGUGGUCUUUACCUGGGUUUUUGACCUACUUUUUGGCCUGGUUGCUCGAAUUUCUCAUCGUGUGUGUGCUAAAGCCAUUUUUUGGAGUGACACUGCCUUUUCCACCACGUGGUCUUGUGGCCUAUUCUUCCUCCAUUAUGAUGUAUUGUAGAUUAAGGGCGAGUAUUCACCUGGAUUACGAGCCACCCUUCAAUGAGGCACAAUCUAUUCAAAAUAGUGCUGUGUGGUACGAGAAGUAUCGCAGGGAGAUGAUUUCGGGGCAAAAAUGGGCCGUGAAAUGAUCCACCUGAUACUCAUUGAGUAAAAACAGCCACAUCAUCGUGUAUAUUUUAAUGCUGAAAUGGGACUGUGGGGGAGGAUCAUCAAAAGGCCCAGGAUAUUGAAAAUGACAUCUCACAAUGUGUCCCCAACUCCACGGAAAACUCAUCAUUAAACACCAUUAAACAUUAACGACUUUUUGGGGAAUUCUCUUUCAUAUUCUCCUCUUGAAUUUGCGUAAACCGCGUAAACGCUACAAAGCGACAAAUAUGCAGGGGUAUAAGGUAAAUUCAAUAAAUUAUUUGUCUCUUUUUUAUUAAAAUUCUGACUUUAGGUAGAGUGUAUUAUGUCUGCAUUGGGUUUCCGCUGAUAUUUGAAAUUUACAUUUGUAGAAUUAAUGGCUUAAAUUCAGAUUCGGAUUGGAGAAGUACAUAAGAGGUUGAGUUGACAAUUGAAGUGUUUGCAAUAUUUAAGUAAAUAAUUAAAAGUGUUAUCCGACGGGUUAUCUAAUACUAACGGGAGCCGGUGAACGUUGGGGAAAAAGAGGGUCAGCUUAGAAAAUUUUGGAUUUUUCCCGAAGCAUUCGGCUCUCAGACUCCAAGCCUUCCUCAGUGGUCAAGUUUUGUCUUUUCUCGCUUUGUCAUAAGUCAGGGAUUUCACAGGGCAUGGAAUUUUGGGCACUGCACUUAAUUUGUAAUUUUAAUAAAUAAAUAUUGGCUAAUUUC